AUGGGUAAAAAAGAAAUUGAAGGUAAAGACUCGAAGGCUGAUAAAAAUGCCAAGAAGAAGACGAAACGGCGACCACCUCGAUUGACGGGAGUCAGCAAACAACGAAAAAUGGCAAAUGAAAGAGAGAGACGGAGAGUACACGCUUUAAAUUCACAUAUUGAAAACCUUCGGGAGUUAAUUCCACUCUCGCCAUUUGAGAAACGACCAACCAAGACUGAAGUCAUUUGGAUGGCAGCAACUUAUAUCAAAUUUCUCACUGACCUGUUAGAAAAACUGAAAACCGACAAUACUGUUGAAAAUACAUGCGAUGACUCUGAUGAAAUUCGUCAAAGUUUGGACCUAACGUUUGUAGAUAUGGCAGGUUAGUGGUGUUUGUAAAAUUUUUCCUUAUGCCUUCACGUUGAAGUGUUGUGAUAAAAAUUUUAUCUAAUAUUUUCGCGUAUUUUUAUUCUACAGUGUCCGACAUUUUUGGCCUUAAUGAUUGCUCCGCAGUAUCAGAGCUGAAUCUGGACGCUUAUGAACUUUUAUUUCUCACAGGUAAAUAAAUAAUUCACCAAAUUUUGUUAUUGUCUUCGUGUUAUGAAAACACCUUUAAAAAUUUGUACUUCGUCGUGUUGUACAGCUCCUAGUGUUGAAGUUUUUUUUAUAAUGUUGUUUCUAUCCUUUUUUACAGACUCAGAGGGAUCUUUAGACGAAAACUGAUUUUCGCUGGAUUAGUAUUUAAAUUUUCAUCAGAUGUCCGCGUAAAACAGACAAUUUAAUCAUCAUUACGCUAAUGGCACAUUUCUUCAUGGUAGUUCAGACAUCGAGUCAUAACAAACACGUAAAUGAAGAUACUUCACUGACGUUAAAAAAUAGGAAAACUGUCUAUCUUAUAAACUUCAGAUCACAAAAGGAACUGACGCAAGUUUUAAAAAUCGCCUCGAGGUCAAGAACGUCAAGAAUCCCACUGAUCUUGGAUCACCCAAAUUCAAGAGUCCUUAAAUAAAAGGAAAUCUAGGUUAAGUUUAGUCAAAUAGGCGGUUGCUCUUGAUGAUAACAUAAAACCCGCACGAUGUAUUUUCAUUGCGAGUUAAACCGAUG